AUGUCAUUGUCGGAACGACGCAAAUGCGAAGAUGACCUUGCUGAAUCGCCGUCAGCUCCUGAACUCGAGCACGUUCAUAGGCCGACAUAUACAGUUAACGAGGAACCACCGGCCGAGUCGGAAGUUCUGGCCUGUAUCCAAAAGAUCCAAAAGAUGAAAAAUGGAAAAUAUGAUGGAGACGACGGGAGUAGCGCAGAAAUGCUGAAAUAUCUUCCUCCGUCUGGGAUUCGUGAAAUGACAAAGAUCAUCCGUUCAAUAUGGAUAGACGAAAGGAUACCUGACUCGUGGAGACAUGAUAUCAUAAUUCCUCUCCAAAAGAAGUUAUCAGUCACGGACCAGCGCUGUCUUCACAACGCGGAACGCGUCGAUAUAGUACCAGGGAAGUUCGUUUGCUUGCUUGAUGACAUGAAUCAACAAACAACUGCUGCAGGUCGAAUAUAUAUACAACAUAUACAACACCAGGAUAUACAACACCAUUCGAAGUGGUACUUGGGUAGACAAAAGGCAGUAGCAGGGCCCUUCCUGUUCUACUUCGUUAUCGACGACAACAUGCGAAGAACAGUCGAUGAGUGUCCUGCCGACAUCGUCUUAGCACCAUCAAGGUGCCCCUUGACUUAUCUCGAGUACGCGGACGAUGUAGUUAUAUUCGCGGAUAGCACUACGAAUCUUCAACAUGUUGUCAAACUUGUAUCGAAGCUGGCUGCAGCCUAUGGACUACGUCUACGCCCUGAUAAAUGCAAGCAGAUGUGGAUCUCUUCGAGACCUCGAACGAGAGUUAGGGUGGUCGGACAACCGAUAGAACUCGUCGAUGAGUUCUGUUACCUGGGCUGUAUGCUGAAGAACAACGGCAGCUACGAGAGAGAUGUUCAGCAAAGAUGCGCUAAGGCCACUUCUGCAUUUAACUCUUUAACGAAAUGUCUGUUGUCGACCCCUAUCACCAACGGCGUAAAGCUAAGAAAGUUGAUGGGAGGAGGUGGCACCGUGAUGCCAGCGAAUAAACCGAAAAGGUUUGAAGCUCAUCAUCCGCAGGUGAGCGAAGCGAACGCCACAGAUAGUCUGGAAGUCUGGCAUUUUAGUAAGCAAUGUCAAAGAAAGCUAACAAAGACGCAUAUCGACAGAAGUGUUGAGCGUACUGUUGGAGCAAAACGUGUUGUAACAUGA